AAUAGUAAUAUUUUCAUUAGUAAUGCAGCUUAGAUAAUAAGGUUGAUUAACAGAAAUGUUAAAUCUAUUACUACUUUCAGAGAUAGUUAAAGAAGAGGCAGCCAAGAACAUACGAGUGAGAGGUGCAAGUCAUUACAGAAUCAGUAUGAUUAGUAGUCAAUGUAAAAUUGCUACUAUGAAUAUAAUUUCCAUGAGAUAUAUACCUCAUAAAGAAAGGCAAACCCAGUCUCCAAAUUCCUGUGUGCCAGGGGCCAGUAUGAUUUUUAGAGCUAGCCCUGAGAACAGGUCCUGAGAGACCUCCAUUGGUCCAUGAAAUAGAGGCACUGGAGGGUGUGAAAAAGUUUAACUCAUGAUGAUUGCUGGACAAAUGUCCUUGAAGACCCCAGUCCUCAAUAAUAAGGCUCAAAUUUGGGCUAGCUGUGGACCGUCCUCUCAAGCAGCAAGGCUUCCAGUGUGGGGCCAGGGACUCAAGGUUGGUUCUUUGAAACGUAGCACAGGUGGGGAUGGACACAGGGGUUUGGAAUUUUGAGAGAGAGUGUCUGUGCUCUAACCCCAGUUCCCAUGAUAAAGGUACAGUUAGCAGUCUGUCCCGAUGUGGCUGGCUUAUAGUACAAAUGCCACUGUAUGGAACACAGCCAGGGGUUUCAUGGAUGGACAAACAAAGGGGGGGUAGCUCUGAUAAAAAUGAAGCAGUGGCAUUGGCCUGGAACCAAUUCUCAUUCUCUUAUAGCGGUCCAUCUGUGGGAAGCCAAGUCCUCCUGUCCAGCAAGUGUUAUUGCUAGAUAACAGGGCCUCUGUAUCCCACCAAGCGACAGGGUGGAAUAAACAGAGGUCCAUAAUAUGAGCCCAAUAUAAAUGUUGUUCUGCUGCUACAGGGCUCAAUAAUAUAAACAAGCAGCAUAAAAUACCUACCCCAGACUGUGUGGAGACUAUAGAUAAGUAAGCCAAAAAAUAUUCUCCGGGGUAGAGGAGCCCUUACUCUAGCUAGUACUUCCUCAGAAUGUUGCUGCAGCUGCUUAAGGCUUCCCCAAGUAACCCCAGGAAAAUUUCAAGAGGGGCCCUGAGACCAAGCAUGAGUUUUAUGAUUAGCAUCCAAGGUGAGCUGUGCCCUCUGAGGAACUGGGUUGAAGGCAGGUCCUUCCUAUUCAUGGUAAGGUCUUAUCCAUGGAGCCACAAGCCACUUGGGACCUGUAGGAGACAAAACACAAGCAUACCCUUGCCCCCCCAUGCCAGUAACUGCAGGGCCCUGCCAUUUGGGCCUCUGCUGUGGAUCUCUAUACUUCAUAAAGGCUUGGGCCCUAUGACGGAAGCCUUUUGUUGAAAAUGUCACGCUGCAGCUAUAGUGCCAAAGUGAUCCCGAUUUUAAAAAUUAAGGGUAUAGAUUGCUAGAGAAAGUUGAUUUGUAGAGGGUUCACUCAUAUUCCCCUUCUUUUUGUUUUGUAAUUAAUUUUAAAGUAGAAUGAGCAUGUUCAACAAUAGCUUGCCCUGUAGGGUUAUAGGGGAUGUCAGUUCUAUGUCCAAUGCCCCACUGUUGAAGAAAUAAUUUAAUGCUUUGAGAUGUAUAGGCUGGCACAUUAUCUGUUUUAAUUUCUAGUGAUACACCCAUAUGUGCAAAACAGGACAGCCAGUGAUGCUUAACGUCUUUGGCUUUUUCUCAGGUAGCAACGGUUGCAUGCAGGAAAUUGGAAUGAGUAUCAGCAGUAACAUGUGCCCACUGAAAUCGACCAAAUGAUGGAAUAUAUGUUACAUCUAUCUGUUUGCCAUAAGGCAUUUGGGGUUAAACCCCGAGGAUUGACUCUUGCUGGUGUUGAAGUCCCUCUGGAAAGUUGGCAGUCUAGGCAAGCCUUAAUAAUAUCUUGAGCUUGCGAGAGGGUCAAAUGCAAGGUUUCCAUGAGUGCUCGAGCAUUCUGGUGACAAAAGUCAUGCGAACUCUUCACUUGCUGAAAUGCAUGAGUUGCUGCUACAAUGACAUCCACCUGCUGAUUUCCUCGUGUUAAAGUUCCGGGGAGCAUGGAAUGAGAUCAAAUGUGGGUUUUAAAAUUCCUAAAGUCAUGAAUCCUGUUUAUAGUCCUGGUUCUUCUGGGGUUCCCUAUGCAAAUGCCAAAGGAAUUGGUUAUCCAGAUGCAGAUCUCUUCGUUAGGCCAGCCAAAAUUAGAAGACUUAAAAGGACAGAACAAGGACUACAUGCAUGUGAGAACUGGAGUGAAGCACGCUGUUUGGGUCCACUGGAGGAAGACGCUGAGCCCAUCUUUGAAGCUGUGGUGAUGUCCUUCUGGAGCCAGUUAGAAGAUAUGAAUGAAGUAUUCGAAGACACCGUGGUUACUAUCUGCUCCCAUCAAGAAAUCGCUGGUUUCCCCAUGGGCUAUGCAGCAGCAGCUCCUGCCUACUCCCCCAACAUGUACCCUGGAGCGAAUCCUGCUUUCCAAACAGCAGGGCACAUUCUACACACAGCCCCUGUAUGCAGCUCCCCCUCAUGUCAUCCAUCACACCACGGUGGUGCAGCCCAACGGCAUGCCGGCGACAGUGUACCCAGCUCCCAUCCCUCCUCCGAGAGGCAACGGGGUCACCAUGGGCAUGGUGGCUGGGACUACUAUGGCCAUGUCAGCAGGUGCCCUGCUGACUGCCCACUCCCCAACUCCUGUCACCCCCCACCCAGUCACUGUGCCCGCGUAUCGGGGCCCGGGAACGCCCACUUACAGCUACGUGCCCCCGCAGUGGUGAUCGCCUGCAGACGUGCGAGGCUGGCGCUGUGCGGCUCAUCCGGAUAUUCACAGCUGGUGCUGCAGGCCCCGCCCCCAACCAGGACUUUCUCUCCUGCUCUCGACACUUAGCCGAGCACUGCUGUGGCCCAGCCUGUGGUCUCAGUUCCCAACUGACUGUGGAUUGGUCUUAAAGCAAAUCCUGCCUGGGGGCUCCUGGAAACUUUUUUAGCUAACUGUACUGAUACAAAGGAAGUAUUAAUGUAUUCUGAAAUCAUAUCUAGUUGAAUGCAUGUGUAAAAAAACAAACACAAAAACAAAGCUUGCUCAAACUAUCAGCAGUGACUGAUGCAAAACCAUCGUAUGCAAAAUCCAAAGGGAUGGAAAACAUUCACCACUUGUAUCACUGGUGCGCUGUUCAAUGUGUGCAGAGUCCCCGAGGUGUGAGUUUUAGAGUGGGCUCUUCAUAAGCAUCCGAGGUCUCCCGAUAGUUCUUCAACUUUCGGGGUGAUGUGGGUUGCCAGUUGGAAACACGAAAUUUGAGUUUUUAGCCACCUGUUCCUUUCACACUAACUGCACUGGGAGAGAGUUGCAGGGAUAGG